GUGCAGGGCAACAAAGCUCCGCUGAUCGCAGCUGCCGGCCACGCAAAAAAAAUCUUGGUUCUCGUUCCCCCAAGGAUCCGGGAUUAGAGCAGACUCAUCGCAGAUCUCGCUCCCGCCCUGACGACCAUGGGUGUCGUCUCCCGUGUAGGAUCAAAGUCCAGCCACCAGACACUUCUGGCAACAUUCCAGGACUCCCGAGCCCCCCAAGGGUGGUCUCGGUCACUCUGCACCUCAGUCCUGAGGUGCUGAGAUCCCACAGGGUGCAGCCUUCCAGGUGCCCCCACAGCUCAAACCACUGAACCUUGACUGCAUCCUGGAGCAUCCCAUCGCCCACAAAGGGCAGCCACCCCCGAAACACCAUCCUGAGCAUCCUCCAGCCGCUGAGGGGCUCUGGGUCUGAUGCAUCCAUGGAUUGGCCAUGGGUCUGAACACGAAGAGCUCCGUGCUUAGAGGCGACGGUGGAAGUGCCAUUGGAGCUGUCAUUGGAGCCACAGUGGGAGCAGGACUGCUACUCUUUGGCGUCCCGGUGUUCCUCGGCGCGCUGGGUUUCACCGGGGCCGGCAUCGCCGCCGGCUCCGUCGCUGCCAAGAUGAUGUCGGCAGCUGCCAUCGCCAACGGCGGCGGAGUGGCUGCAGGCAGCACCGUGGCUGUGCUGCAGUCCAUCGGAGCUGCAGGUCUUUCUGCUGGUGCCAAAGUUGCCCUGGGCUCAGCUGGCGCAGCAACUGGUGCCUUGCUGUCCAAGUGAAAGCAAUGUCCAAGUGAAAAACGUAAAAAAAGGAUAAAAUCCCAAGUGACCAACCCAAGAAAAAGUAACUGGUGAAAAACCUGUGCAGGAGACAACUCCAUACGAGCAAACCAAGAGAAACGAAGCCGGUUGCUGAUCCCAAAGCCUUACCUUGCACAACACAGGUGCUGGGAAACCCCCACAGACCCCUCAGAUCUUUGCCUCCCAUUUCAAAAGCUUUGGAUUGUUGUGAGCAGUGAUUUCCCUGAAGCCAAUAAAAGUGCUUUGCUUGCACCAGU